UAGAACGAGAAGCACUGGCACUGUUUUUGGAGUUACUAAAUUCCGGGAUUAUCUCCUAGGUCGAGAGUUCGUCCUGGUUACCGACCACCAGCCACUUCUGGGACUGCUGAGACCCGACCGCCAGACGCCUGCAAUGGCCGCAGCUCGCAUCCAACGGUGGGCCCUCUACCUGGGAGGUUACCGUUACAAGCUUGAAUAUGCCCCAGGAAGGCAGCUACUGAAUGCGGAUGCUCUGAGCAGACUGCCGCUGCGGUGCCAAGAUGCCGCCACGGAACCUGAACCCGAAGAAAGGACCCCACAGAAAGCCGGACUAUCGCCAUCGGAAAUGCUGCUGGGGUACCAGAUACGGUCACGGCUGGACACGUGCUUCCCUGCGACGACUGCACCCAAUUCUAAAAAGGAAAGCGACGAUUUCUUACCACCAACGAACUGUGAUGUGCAUGUCUGCAACUAUGGGUCCAAUG